ACAUUAAAAGCCCAACUUAAUUGUAUGGGCUAGGCCCAAGACAAGUCAACAUUCCUUAACACUACAGCUUCGAUCCAUUGGAUCUCGGAGUCGCAGUGUUCUCCUCCAUGGAUCGCCGGAAAAAGAGAGAGAAAACGACGGUAACUAAACCCUCAACGGUAGAUGCCUCCUCGCCACCGAAAAUCUCACCUUCAGAGGCAUUCAUCGUCACGCUUUCUUCCGUUUUGGGGUUGGGUUUAGCGUUCUAUGUAGCUAAUAGUGGCUUCUCUAUAGACCUCGUCACUGAUCCUUCUCGCACCAUCUUCUUCAUCUGGCUUGUGGAGCUUCCAAUUGUGAUCCUUCUCUACAGUCGCUAUCGACAGAAUCCCCGGCAAUGCAUGUACCUGCGAGCCGUUGGACGUGGCUUGCUAGCAGUUCCAAUAGGGGCGCUACUAAAUUGUUUAGGAGCUAUUGCUUUGGGGGCACCUGUCACCUUUCAGUUUCUCCCAAAGACUGUAAAUUGGUCUCUUAUGAUGUCAUCGUUCACAACAGUUCCAGCAUCAUGUGUUCUUGGUUCAUCAUGGGCUCAUUGGAAGCGGAUCUUUGCACAAACACAGCCAAAUGGAUCUGUAGAGUAUUUGAUUUGUUUGCCAGCUCAUGGAGCAGUUAUUGGGGGCUGGUUUGGGGCUUGGCCAAUGCCACUUGACUGGGAGAGGCCAUGGCAGGAAUGGCCUAUUUGUGUGAGCUAUGGAGCAAUAGGUGGGUACAUGGUGGGAUUGGUAGCAUCAUGUGUCUUUGUUCUUGCUCGUGCUAGAUCGCAGCAUGUCAAACAAACAUGAAGUCCCGAUUGGCCACAGGAAAUUUUGAUUCAUCUUCUCAUUUUUCCUUGUGAAUGAAAAA